AAAGCCUGCACUCAAAUUAAACACAGACCAGAGCUAGUUCUGCUGUCUUUUUUCUUCUUCCUUUCUUUUGUGGGUUAGAAGCUAGCUAGUAUUGCUGUAGGUAUAUACAUUGAUGGAGCACAACCUUAGUUCAUCAAGAACUGACAGGAAAUUAAUAGAGAGGAAUAGAAGAAAUCAAAUGAAGGAACUCUACUCCCAGCUUAAUUCUCUUGUACCCCAUCAAAGCUCAAGGGAGCCAGUGCUGUCAGUGCCUGAUCAACUAGAUGAAGCUGCAAGCUACAUAAAAAGGUUGCAGACUAACUUGGAGAAGUUGAAGGAAAAGAAAGACAGUUUAAUGGGAAUGGAAAAGGCAGAUUAUACUAGCAAGAAUAGUGGUAGUGGAACAACAGCCUGUUUAAGAUCACCACAAAUUAAGGUUAUUGAAAUGGGUUCCACUUUAGAGGUUGUUUUGAUGAAUGGCCUGGACAGUCGGUUCAUGUUCAAUGAGAUCAUUCGUGUGCUUCAUGAAGAAGGAGCAGAGAUUAUUAAUGCCAGUCUUUCUGUUGUAGAAGAUACUGUAUUCCAUACAAUACAUUCUAAGGUUGGAGAUUCUGCCCACAGUAUUAAUGGAGUCACGGCAAAACGAUAA